AUGAGGACUCAUGCUUCUUAUUCCAUAAUCACUUCCCAGACAAAGAAAUCACAAUUGGCUGCAGCAGCGGCAGCAGCAGUUGCCGCUGGCUCCAGACUGCCUCUCGACGCCGCAGUCCCCACAUUCGGCAAGAAGCGACGUCCAAACAAGAAGAAGUCAGAUUUGGAGGAAAUCUACCCUGAUUACCUGAUGCAGGCUUUCUACGGUGACAGCCUGCUCUCGGCAGCAACUAGCGAUACGAGUUCUGCUGGCGGGAUGGGAGGUAUCAGCGGCAAGCGAAAACGUCGAAGGCUCUCUUCGACCACUUCUGUGACUGCAAGUAACCGCACGAUGUCAGCUGCCUCUACCGAUCAAUAUCAGCCUGGGGAGGCACCCGAUCUCAAAAGACCGAUUGAUGUUUGGGGUGGCUGCGGACAGUCCUUAAAGAUUGCCAGUCCUCGGAGUGGAUUUGCCUCCCCAAUUACGGGUUUGGCCAGUCGACAACAGCUGUGGACCAAUGAGUCACCGUUUCAUGCCAGCGGUGCUGCAGCCACAGAUCUCUUGGAAGAUGAUACUCUUGGUGACGAGGAUGAGUAUGGCGAAGACGAGGAAACGGUGGACAGCUUUGAUGAUGAAGGUCGAGAAGAAGUAGUGAAUGAAGUAUUCAACGUGCCGUCAGGUUCCGUUGGUGUUGGAGGUGAUUUGGUCGAGCCACAUCCGCCUCCUUCACCCGUCCAGAAACAAAAGCAUCAACAACAACCACAGAAUCGGUCUGUCGAACCGACCGUUCAAAUGCAAACUAGCCUUGAUGAUGUCAAUGAUUACAUGCUUGUGGACGACUUUCUGAACAUGGCCGGUAAUUUCGCUAACACGAGUGUCGGUACCCAGGAUGCUGCACGUCCAGUUGCAGCACCUUCCGGUGGAGCUGCUCAUAGUAGCACCACCUGUUCCGAUGCUUUCAACGGUCCAACAACCUUGAAGCACCGCCUCGCUGUUCCACCUGCCCAGGGGCCACUGCCUCUAGGUGCAUUCACUGAACAGCCACAUAAACGCGCAGAACAGGUUGUGUCUGGAGCGGAUCCGAAAACGGAAAUCGAAUUGGCGCCUAGGCCCAUGCCAGAAGUUGUUUACGAGCAGCACCCUGUUCAAAGCCGUCCCAUGUUUGCUGAGGAUGUUCAAAAUAUCGCCUCGCCGAGGCCACAGGAUUCACAGCAGACAUGUCAGCAGCAACCCGUUGUUGUCGCUGCACAACUCGCUCCAGCAACACCUAUCCAACAGCCUCAGUCAGAGCCCCAGGUUCUGCCUGAGUUGAGUGCCCUUGACAUCGAGUCCCAAUUGAUUGAGUUUGAGACGACCGGAGGCGGUGGUAGUAGUGCUAGUGUUGGCCUCGCCUCAGAUGGACCUACACCACCACCCCCUCCCACACCACAACCAGCAACAACUCCUAGAACAGAACCUGUGCUAUCUCAAGCACUUUCGGCAACCCCUUUUUCACCUUCAAUCGAGGGACAGUCUAUGGUUGCAGCGUACCCGCCCCGUGGAAUUAUGUCUCAGCAACAGCGACCCCAGUUGUACCUUCAACAACAACAGCAGCAGAAUUACAGUGGGAGUAUGGUGGACGCUGGAGUUCCCCCUCCACCACCACCCUAUCCCGGAUCGAGACCACCGAUGGCCUGGCGACAAUCGGUUCCUCAAAGGUUCCCUCAAUUUCAGUCGCAAGCAGCUUACAUGGCGGCUAAUCAGCACCAGCAGCAUCAACAAAUGCAGCAAAGGUUCCAAGCUGCCGUGUAUAGGGGUAUUUCGCCAAGCAUCAUGUCGUCCGCUGGACCAGGAGCAAUGUCACCAAAGUCACGGCAGUCACCAUUUCCAGUUGUGUAUGAUCAAACACCAAUGGCUUCGGACAGUGGAAUGUUACCAAAUCAGCAGCUAAAGACGAUGCUUCGGCAGGCUUCGAGACAUUCACAGUCAUUUACACAACCUCCACGCCCCUCUCCGCAUCCGAUGGUACAGGGACAAGCGCUACCUCCACCACCAACUCCGACGCACUCGUCGGCUUCACCGCAGGUGGUGCCUCAGUCACCGCUCCCCAGGAUGCUUAAUUAUGCAGGGGAUCAGAGAUCUUCGGAGGCAGACCAGAGCUGUAUGGCUAUGACACCUGCAUCUCACCUCUCUGACGGAAGCGGCCAUCCGAUGGAAGCUCCCGGCAGUGGACCGUCAUCUCACGUAGCUUCCCAGAGGCCACCGUCAUCGGCUGCCGUGGUGGAGGAGCAGAUGCCCCCAACGCCAAUGCCACAGCACUACAACGUGGGACUAGGUGGAGGAGUUCACGGCUUGUCCCUACCGAGUUCUGCCAGUUUGCAGCAGCCACCGCCAUCCCCACUGCCCCCACACACAGUGGGUGCUUCCACUGGCGACGUAGAACGUCAGAAGCUUCGAGAAAUUCUCGCCAAGAAGGUGAACCAAAAGAAGAUAGCUGCUGCAGCACAACAGCACCAGCAGCAGCUGCAGCAGCAGUCCGUGUCCGGUACACCCCCAACUACCUCGUAUCAGCAGCACUCGUUGCCGCCACUCCCUCAACAAACCUCACCGCACGCUGCACAACCACAGCCAAAUGUACGAAACCCUACGCUAACGUAUUCUCACUAG